CCGGUAGCAAGUGGACAAGCUAGCUAGUGCUAGAGGUAGGUCACCAAAGCAUAUUUUAGAAAGACGGACAAUAAUUACACAUUCUUAUAAUGGUGUGAAAACCGAGCUGUCUGCGUAGGCGAAUUGGUGAGCUGCAUGUGUCUGCUUGCGCAAAGCUGAUGAUCCAGACACAUUUGGUGAGCUCUGUAGGCUGUUUGUUGUCUAGAGGGUGAGGAACACACUGCAACAAUGCCUGAGUCUUCAGUAGAAAUCAAGGACAUCUGCAGUUCUUCCAGAUACAGAAUGUCUCCUUUGAGGCAGCUCUGCCAACAAUCUGUGCUCACUCUGCCAACGUCCAAACACCCCUACAACGAGCCAAGUGCCUUCUGCACUGAGGAGAACAUGUCAGAAUGCCUCUGCUACAUCAAUCAGGAGAUGUCCUCGCUGGGACUGCCGUCGGUGGGCGUUGAGUCGAAGGGGGGCUGUAAGCUGAACAACGUUGCCGUGCUGAACAGCAUGUAUGACCUGCUUCGGCUGCACCGGCGGAGCCUGCGAGCUGUGGAGGACUUGGAAGUGGAGCAGCUCAAGGCCAGCAGCAACAUGGACUAUCUGCAGCACAGCUACGCCAGGUUGAAGGAUCAACUUGAACUGUGUAGAAGGGAGAACACUGGACUGCUUGAGAGAGAGCGCCAACUACAGUUGAAAGUGAAGAGCUUGCAGAACUGCCUGAAGAAUGAAAAAGAAGAGGUGCAGAAACAUCAGAACAUAAUCGCUAGUCGAGCCACUCAAUACAACCAUGACAUGAAGAGAAAAGAGAGAGAGUUCAGUAAACUGAAAGAGCGCCUGAAUCAACUUCUGAUCGACAAAAAAGAGAAGAAGCAAGCCAUUGAAGUAUUAAACUACAUUGGACGAUCUGAUGGGAAAAGAAGCCUUUGGAAAACGGGUAAAACCGAGGGAAGGCACGAGGGUGAUAUGUACAAGACCCUUCUGAAUGACUACGACAGCCGCCAGAAGGAUCUGGUGGGGGAGAAUGCAGAGCUGAAGAAAGUCUUACAACAGAUGAAGAGGGAGAUGGUGUCCAUUUUAAGCCAGAGGAAACAGACCUUCAGAGACCAGAAACCCGAUGAAAAUCAUGAACAGGCUCAACCUCACCUCAUGUCGCAGGCUGGCUCAGAGGAGGAGGAGGAGGUAUUCGACUCUAGCAGGGAGAACCUGGAGCUGUCCUGUGAGCGGGCACGGGAGAAACUCACCAACAGCAUCCGUCUGCAGUGGAGGAGACUCAAGAGCCACAUGGAGAGACUCGACAGCCAAGCGUCCUUGGUCGGAGAUAGAGCCAACAUGGACACCAUCCCCAGAGAGGCUCACGAGGAGGAGAUGCACAGUUUGAAACUGGAGAUUCAGCAGUGCAAAGACUUCAUCCGCACACAGCAGCAGCUCUUGCAGCAACAGUUGAGCACGCCGUGUGACGAGGAGACGUCAGCCCUGCUCAACGACUGCUACAUGCUGGAGGAGAAGGAGCGCCUCAAACAGGAGUGGAGGGCCUUCGAAGAACAGAGGAAGAACUUUGAGACUGAGAGGAGGAACUUCACGGAGGCAGCAAUUAGACUUGGCCAUGAGAGACAAACCUUUGAGGAGGAUCGUGCCUCGUGGCUCAAACACCAGUUUUUGAACUUGACUCCCUUUGCUGACCAAAAGAAAUCUCAGAUGUCAAAGUCUCAAAAUGCCUUGUCAGUCUGUACUGAGCCCGAGGCUAAAACUGUGUCAACAGUUCAACUGGAUAAGUCACUAACCCACACAACUUCCUCAACACCUAGAGCUUCCCAAAUGAAAAUGCCAUCCACAGCCAGCCUGCAAAGUACAAUACGCCUUAUCCCAGAAAACAGUCCAAGCACAGUCCAACCAAAGAGAGGGAGCCUGCAGGAAUUGGGCAUUGUCUUAAAUGGGGAUGUCACCUUCCAGCACAGGAACCUGAAUGGAGAGGAAACCUUCAGAGGAGAGAUAAACUGUUCCAUUUAAAGCCACAAAUUUGCAUCAUGGAUAUUUUGUUUGACAAUCCAUGGUUUAUUGUAUGACAUAUUGAGAGACACAUCUGUAUGGAAAUGCCAAACAAAAUUUGUUUGUCUGUAGAAUUUCUGAAACUGUUUUUAUGUUUUUAAAAUAUUAAUUGAGAAACCUGGUCAAUUGGGUUUUUGGUACCAUAUUGAGCAGUGUUUGUUUGCUGCUGUGUGAUUGUGUAAAUGAAUGAGAGAAAAAGAUUAUGGAUUGUAAUGUUUUGUUGCUAGAUUAUAUUUCUAUGUUUAGGAAUUGUGUUUAUUGUCAUUGUAUGUAGUAUUGCACUGUUUCUUGCAGUGUAGUCUAGUUUUUUAUUGAUGAAUGUCUUGUGUAAGAGCUGAGAAGAAACAGUCAGACUGAUGUAAAUUAUUUUCUUUCUUGAAACAUGACAUUGUUUUAGAAUGUACUUUUAGAAAUAUGCUGCUGUUACACUGAAUGCAAUUACAUAAGUGUAGUUCUUGAAAAUUAAUGUUAAAAUGUAUUUUUCCAGAUUGGAUUGUGUUGAAACCGAAUAGUGAAAAAUGAACUUGAGGUGUUGUGUGGCCGAGGACAGAUCUUUCUAAAAGUUAAGUGAGUAGGUAUGGUAGAAUGAUUAUUUUUUACUCAAACUCAUGAAUGUUUAUGGUUUCUUUGUGGUUUUCCUUUAUUUUGCAUUCUGCCGAUAGAGGAAAAGAAACAUAAGAACUCUAGAGACUUUCAAGUUUUUUAAACGUUCUCAAAAUUUAUUUCAACUUAACUGAUCAAGCAUGAAACAUAUAAGGAUACAUCCCGACACCUUUAAAUUAAAACUCAGCUGUUAAGAGCUUUUAUGUUUCUGCUCCGCCAGGGCACUAAGCACACUCAGCAGUACAACGACAG